AUGCGUCUCCGCCUGAUUCACUUAGCCGUUACCGCUGCAAUGGUUCUGAGCAUAGUCGGAGCAGUAAAAUCGAACACCACCGACAGUGGAGAAAAACAAACAGCAUCUACACUGCGAAAAGUUGGAGGGAUUUUGUUUGCAGCGACAUUUGUUGCAAUCAUUCUUGUCCAUCUCGUCUUCUGGCAGGCGCAGCGUGACCUAAUGAAGUACCAAAAGACGCUUCUCAAAGGCAUCUCGUGUGCAUUGCCUUUCCUCGCAAUCCGCGUCCUUUACAGCGUGUUAUCCGCAUUUUCGCCUCCCGCCUCAUUUGGUUCUUUGGGCUCUCCGUCGGGUUCGACCUCGGGCCUAGCAAAGUUCAACAGCAUCACCGGCAGCUGGCAGCUUUUCCUCGUAAUGGCUGUUAUCAUGGAAUUUAUUGUAGUUGCGACAUACAUAUUCUUCGGACUGCGAUUGCCAAUCAGUGGAGGCGUAGAUUACGAGAGCACAGCGACCAGCAGUCCAUUCUCGCGUUCGAUUCCUUUGAAUUCUAACGCAGGCUUCCAGAGCUAUCCCCCGAGCAAGGCAAACCUUAACGGUGAUCAAUAUGCUUAA